AUGCCCUCGCAGAACCCGCACGACCCCAAACCGCGAAACCCGAAGCGCACCCAGAGCUGUCGCACGGAAUCGUCCGGACACCGUCACCAACGCUUCGAGCGGAAACAUGAGCGUCGAGAGGACGAGAAGGAACGUCUGCUUAGAGGAGACCUUGGAACUCCGCCUCCCGACGCCGGUCCCAACUGGGCGAAGAACCGUAUUGCGACUUUGGAGAAGUACGCGAAGAGGACAAAGAAGAGGCACAAGAAGCAUGAGAAGCGUAUGCGCAAGGCGGCGGAGCAGGGUUAG